AUGUGCAUGACGAACAAGCCAGCUUUCGAGGACUGUGUCGUCGUGAAGGCGCUGCGCUCCGCGGGUGCCGUCCCCUUCGUGUUGACCAACAUGGGCCAGAGCAUUUGGCGACAGGACUCGUGGAAUCCCAUCUUCGGGCGACCGCUGCACCCCACGCAUCCCGAUCGGAUGGUCGGCGCCAGUUCCGGCGGCGAAGCGGCCAUUUUGGCUCGCCGCGGCUCUCCGCUCGGCCUGGCCGUCGACUUUCUCGGCAGCCUGCGCUUUCCGGCCGCUUUCUGCGGCGUCUCCGGCCUCAAACCGACCCAGCACCGGCUCAGCUCCUGCGGCCUCAACACCAGCCUCGGCUCGUCGGACCGACUGCCCCACGUCGUCGGACCGAUCGGCCAUUGCGUCGACGAUCUGGCCGACAUGAUGGAGACGCUGUGCCAUGCUCGCAUGUUCGAUCUGGACCCCAGCCUUCCGCGGAUGCCCUUCAACAGACAGACCUUCACGCGACCGUUCGCGCGGCGCAGCCUCCGAAUCGGCUACUUCGUCCAGUUGGACGACCUUCCACGGCCGGUGCCGGCCGUCGAGAGGGCUCUGAUGAAGGCGAAGCGCUGCCUCGAGCUGCAAGGUCAUGAGUUGGUCGAGUUCCGCGUGCCCCAAGCAUACAGCAUCGUCGAGAUGGCCUUCAGUCUGGCGCAUGCCAACCUCUGGCCGCAGAUCUUCCGCAACAUCUACGCCUCGUGGAACUUUGACGUGAUGGAUCGGGCGCAACGAAUCAUUCAUGGCUUCUACAUGCUGCCCAACUGUAUCGCCUCACCGCUGGUCUGUCUCGUCUCCGGUUACCUGAGCGCCAGUCGACCGCUGUUGUCGCGGAUGUUGCGCUGUUGGCGACGUGAGGAGGCGCAGAUUUUGGUGGAAAACCGACUGGCCACAUUUCGAGACGUCUUCUUCACCGCCUGGACAGACCUCGAGUUGGACGCCUGCCUCUGUCCGGUCACGCUGUGUCCGGCGCCCAGACUCAACUCGCUCGGUCACGAGGACAUCCUCAGUCUGCUGGCCCAUUGCGCCCUCUUCAGCCUGACGGGCGGGCCGGCCGGUGUGGUACCAUUCGGCGCAGUGACCAGGGCCGACGAGCAAGAGGCCGAGGACCGAGUCGGCCUCACUCCGGCCGGCACUGAGGCCAGACUGUUGAGGCAACAGAUCGGAUCUCAGGGACUUCCGCUGGCCGUACAGAUCGCCGCUCUGCCGUGGAACGACGAGAUUGUACUGCAUUUAAUGCGGCAGUUGGAGUCGACAGCCUCGACAUGA